AUAGUUUGACCCCGCGUCCAUAGCAGGCAAUAAAGCGGCUUAGCACUGAACUAACUCAUCAUUUUAAUAAUUCUAGAUGAAACAUAAUAUGUAUAACUAAUAUUUUCAAAAAUAACGCUAAAAUAAAUCUUCGAUUACUCCCUGAUUUUUUCCGAGUUUCUAUUAACUCGCUAGGCCCGGAUCGAUCAAGCAUACGCAUAGCGCCUAGCAAAGUUUUGAGCAAGGGUUUAUACUAUUAGCAAAAUAACGUUAAAAAUGCUAAAUCCAUAGAUUGAAUACAUGAUAUAAGAUUGGAAUUCACCAAAUCUUAUUGGUUGUGUUAAAGUUGACUAGCUUAAAGGUGGACUGAGGAUCGCCACAAAAGACUGUGGAACUAUAUUUUGAUAAGAUCAUGAAUCAAGUCUUUGCUAAUUCACAUAUUAUACUAGAUCCACACUUGUAUUCUAAAAUAGAUAAUUUUUUGAGUUCACUUUCUAAAAUAAAUAGAUAAAAACUAGAAAUACCAAGAAAUGAACCCAAAAAAGAAACUAAAGAAAUCCACCUAAUGACUCAUUUGAUCAAGACAUAAAAGUAAAAAAAAUUAAUAGAAAAGCUAUAUGUUUUUACUAUAAAUUUAUUUGUAUACAAUGAGGACAAUUGAUCUAUUUUACAACUCUUAUAAAUGUAUAUUUAUAACAAAUUUAUAUCAAAAUAAAUUAUGUAAAGCUUAAUUUUGUAUUAAAUCAAAUAAUAUUUUCUUACUAUCAAUUUUGAAUUUAGUAUUUAACAUUCAUUGAGAAUUAUUUAAUUUUUUCAAAUGAUAAGGAUGAGAUUCUGGUAAUAAAUCAUGUAUUGAAGACAAAUGGAUAACUGGUUCUGAUAUUACAUCAAUACACCUUCUUAGAAAAUAAUAUAGCAACAAAAUAAAUAAAUAAAUUUAGUAUUUUUAAUAUUGUGGCAGAUAUCUUUGUGUUUAAGAAAAUUAUAUUCUUAAAUUGAUUAGCAUUUAAUUGUUUUGUAUUGUUUUCCUUCUAUAUAUGAUAGAAAACAGAAACAAGAGCUAAAUAAUAUAUGUGUGCUUAUUGCAAAAUCUUGAACUGGCAAAUAAAAAAUUUACAGAUGAAACAUUUUAAUUGGUCCUUUUGUUACGUAUCCACUUUUAAUAUGUAGACAGACUUUAUAUAUAUUUUAUAGGUUAGAUGUAUCUUUAUAGACUCAAAUUAGUAUACAAGGUGAGAAAGAAUGGGGUCACCAGAGAAAAAGACGCUUUCAAUUUUAACUGAAGAACCAAAAAGAGCGAGAUUUUCAUCAUCAGGCAUGUCUUUUAAAGGGGUGUUUGCCGCAGUCUCCUACAUGGCAUCCGCUGUUCUUCUAGUAAUUUUCAAUAAAGCAGCACUUUCUUCAUUUAGUUUUCCAAGUGCAAAUGUCAUAACUUUGCUUCAGAUGCUUUCUUCUUGUUUUAUUUUGUAUGUAAUGAAAUAUUUUAAGAUCAUAUCCUUCUGUACUGAUAAGUCUAAGAGCGAGCACGACAGUUUGUUAACUUUUGUUUCUCCGAGACGCUUGGUUCAGACUAUCCCUCUUGCAUUCACGUAUCUACUUUAUAUGCUAGUUACGAUGGAAUCUGUACGCAAUAUCAAUGUACCAAUGUACACUACUCUUCGACGCACAACUAUACUUUUUACAAUGAUCAUGGAAUAUUUUCUUUCUGGUCAAAAGCAUUCAGCUUCAGUCAUCUCCAGUGUAGGAAUAAUUCUAUUAGGUGCUAUUAUCGCUGGAAUCCGGGACUUAUCAUUUGAUGCUUAUGGGUAUGGAUUGGUGUUCACAGCGAAUAUAUGUACCGCGACUUAUCUAGCGUUGAUUGCACGUACCGGAAAAUCUACUGGCCUUAACACCUUUGGGCUAAUGUGGUGUAAUGGAAUAAUUUGCAUUCCCUUUUUGUUGUUCUGGACAAAUAUAAAGGGUGAACUUAAAGCCAUGUUAUCCUUUCCUCAUCUCUAUUCCCUUAACUUUCAGGUGGUGAUAUGUUUUUCAUGUUUGUUGGCUUUCUUGAUAAAUUACUUUGUGUUCCUCAAUACAACAGUUAAUUCAGCACUAACACAUUCAAUAUGUGGUAAUAUGAAGGAUCUGUUUACAAUCUUACUAGGUUGGCUUAUAUUUGUUGGACUUCCCUUUGAUUGGAUUAAUGUGGUGGGUCAAUCUCUCGGUUUUGCUGGAUCUAUGCUUUAUGCAUUUUUAAAAUAUAAAGGCAUGUAAAGUUACAAGUUUUUAAAACCAAAUAGAAUGUUAAAUCAGAAGCUAUUAUGUCAAUUUAGAAAACCUAAGACUGUGUUUGAUUUGAUAAUUUUACUAAAAACUUUUUUCAUAUAUAUGAGUAUUAUUUUGUUAAUGAAAUUUUAAAAAACCAUGUUUUUAUUAAACAACUAUGUGGAAUUUGACGAACUCAAUCACAUCAUGGUGGUUUAAUGGUCCCCACUAAAAAAAAGAGUUGCUAUGUUAGUUCAUGCCAUGUGUCGACUCUCCUCUAGUGCGAAAUUAUUAGUCUUCCAUGUGGACAUUGGUGGAUUAACAUGAGAGAAUCACCAAUUUUCCAGAAUCGCAUUUCUGCCGAAAUGUCAUUUACAGCUAGUAAGGUCCUAUAUGGUGUCUGCAUACUCUAGUCAUCAAAACAAAAAUUGACGAACUCAUGUUUGAAGCCAUCAAUCAACGUUUCAGGGGUGACGAACAUAUACGUGUGUAGAUAUUAGAUGUAACAUCCCAUUUGCAAACUCUAAAAUGAGUAUUCUCCUUGAUCGAAUUUUGUUUUGUUUUAUAUUAAUUUCAAAAUUUAUCUUCGUUUGUUCAUAACAUAUCCACCGCAACCACACACACAAACAACUCUUUUCAAACAUUUUAUUGGAUCGGCAAACUAUUUUUCUUAUGAGAUUCACCACCGGAAAUUGUUUAAAAUAUUAAAAAUUAUCUAUCAUUAUUUAAAAAUACGCUUAAUCAAAAUACCUUAACAUUUUAGAUUUAGUUUUUAAUUAUUUUUCAAGGUUUAAUAUUUAGAAGGUGGAGUUGGGUUUAAAUACUUCAAUAAAUGUUUUAUAAAUUUUUUAAGCAUUUAAAAAUGAUUUAGAAGAAUUAAUUUAAUAUUUGUAAUCACAAAUUUAAAUUAUUUUUUAAAAUAGUUAUCCUUUAAAAAAUAAAUUUGAAAAUAAUAUCAAAUUUAUGAUAAAAUUGAAAUACAAACAAAAAUCAUCAAACAAUUGAAAUUAGAAUUCUGCUCAAAAGCAUCCAUCGAAAUGCACAGGCAGCCCAACCACUAUACUCUUUACUCAUUUCGUAAGGAACGAACAUUUAACUAAUAUUCAAAUGAAGUAACAAACUUUUUUUUUUUUGUAACAAACUUUGUUUCUAAGGAAAUCUUUUCUUUUCUUUAACACACUUGUAAUCCAAUUUACAUAACUAUCUAUAUGAAAUUACUUUAUUAAUAUCUUGAUGUAAGGUUUCACACGCAAGUCAGAUAAGUUCGAAGGAUAUAGAUAGUUUGAUAUAUUUGUAUUUAAAUGGUACAAUUAAGGGAAAUUAUUUCAAAUAGUCUUUUUUUUAAGUUUUUAUCACCACAAGAGAUUCCAAGGAUUUUUUAUGAUUUAAUUGAAAUGUUUUUUUGUUAGCAAUCUUUAUUAUUAUUUAUAUAACAUUUUCAACUAAUAUGAAAAAUGUUUAAUUUUAAAUUUUUGGUUAUUUUGUAAAAUUUUAGAUAAAUAUGAGAAAUUUUGGCUAAAUUUUGAUGAAAUUCGGGUAGUUUGGAUAUUUUGUAUCGUAAAUAUCCGAACCCGACUCAGACCCGCUAUGGACCCUAACAUUACAUGUAUUUUACAUGUAUUUUAACUAUUGAUCCGAAUCAGCCUGAACGUGAACCAAAAAUAUAUUCAAGUACCUAGUUGGGUCCAAAUCUCUAGGACCAGAAGGACCCGGAUCCGAAAAGAACUGACCCGAACCAGAUCCGAAAACCCUAGCACCCAUGCCUAGGGAAAAAAAUGACCAAAAGAGGUUUUAUUAAAUAGACAAAGGACAUCUACUCCUUGCAUUAUAGAUAUAUAAAUAUACGUAAAUAAAAAAAAAAAGUAUUUUUUUAAUAGUUUCAGAUUAUAUGUUUUCAAAUUCAAACUUUUUAUAAUUUUUUUCCGAAUUUGUUAAGUUCAAAUUUUCUUUUUGAAUUUUGAAAAUGCUUUUUGAAAUUAUUUUAGAAUUUUUAUUUUAAUACUUUUAAUAUAUAUUUAUUUAUUUUAAAAAAUUUUAAACCUCACCACAAAACUCUAACCCUAAGUCUAUAUUAGUUAGUUCUAGACGUAUUAGUGUACAUAUGUCCGUUAAUGAAACUUCUUUUAAAUCAUUUUCUUUUUUUGAGGCUCUUUUGGUAAAAAGAAACUAAAAUGAGCAUCCUAAAAAAUUUCUCUACAAUUAAUAACCACACCAAACUAAAAUAAAAAUAAAAACUCAAAGUUAUGGUUUAUGUAGACGCUGCUUUAGCCAACCCUAACUCUGGUCGUCGUGUCUACAGCGCUGGAGACAACACCUCUUCCCUCUUUUUGUUUUCUCAUUUGUUAUCACCCUCUGGAUCUCGACUCGGUCGAUUUGCUUCGCCUUUCUUUAUUGUAGUGAACCUCUUGAAGAUCGUUGGUGAUGUUCAACGGAGACAGCUUCCAGCGUCCUAUGGAGAGACGGCGAGACCAUAGAAGGGACAGCAGUGGCAAGAGUCGUACUUUAAGGCCAGUCUUGUUAGAUCCAGUUUUUAGCUGGACUCCGUUAACAGCCAGUAGAAAAAAAUGAAGAAGGAGACGGCAAGACGGCGAUGAGGACGAAGACGACGACAGCAGCGAUGAGACAGAGCCGCCGAUGGCGAGGAUGAAGAUGGUGAAGAUGAGCUCAUUGAAAUACACACUUCCAUGGCACAAUAUAAUUAAAUCUGCAAGAAUUGCAGCAGAAAAGCAAGGUAAUCAAUACAUUUUGUUUCUACUCGUCUCCCAUUGCGAGUUAAAGGGCGUAAUCUCUCUUUCCUGUAGUGUAACAUUGAUACAAACUUUUUUAAUUUAUUAAAGAAUACUGAGAAAUAUGAUGUACAUGUGUAGAUGUUUUGCUGUACAUAAUGAAACAUACAUGUGCUUAUUGGUAAGGUGUACAUGUGUACGCAUGUAAACCAAUGUACAUAAGGACAAUGACCAAACUUGUAAAUAUACUAACAAAUGUACAUUCAUCAAGUUUUUGAGAUCCUUUGCUCACC